AUGCAACUGGACGAAUCUACAGAUAUCUCUAACUUUUCUCAACUUCUGAUCUAUGUCAGGUAUAUUUACAAAGAAGACAUUUUAGAAGACUUUUUAUUUUGUCAAACUUUAAAUGGCAGGACUGGUAAUGACAUAUUUACCCUUAUUAAUGAAUUUUUUGAAAAUAAUGAAAUUUCGUGGUCAAUGUGUAAGGCCAUUUGUACAGAUGGUGCAGCAGCACUUACUGGAUCAAAGAAAGGUUUUAGAGCUAAAGUUAACGAAAUUUCACCAAGUAUACUAUUUACUCAUUGUAUGAUUCAUAGGGAAGCUUUAGCAUCUAAAAAACUUGAACCAUUUGUCAACGAAGUACUGCAAAAUGCUAUACGUGUAAUUAACUUUAUAAAAUCAAAAUCAUUCAAUUCUAGAUUAUUUACGAUACUGUGUAAUGAAAUGGAAUCUGAUCAUACAAAACUACUACUUCAUACUGAAGUUAGGUGGUUAUCCCGUGGUAAAAUAUUAUUAAGAAUUGUUGAGCUUAAAGAUGAAAUACGAAUUUUUCUCCUUGAACAUAAAAAUACACUCGCAGAACACUUCUUAAAUGAAGAAUG